AUGACUCGACGAUUCAGAGAAAGCAAGCUCUCCGCCGGUGACACAUACAAAGCAUUGUGUCUAGAACAAGGACAAAGAAGAUCCGCACCGACGCCCUUGUUCUCAUUGUUCAUCCUGCAUCGAGGCUCAUUAUCAAGGCUCCAAGUCAACGCAUGUCUCAUAUCACUGUCACAGACCUCAGAGGCUGAGCGGACCACUAUGAUUAUAAAAGCGAAGGAACCGCACAGCACAAUAAUGAAGCUACAGCUCAACAAUCCUGCAUUCCCCCAUUCCCCCAAUCCUAGCUUCACGAUGAGAUCUCGUCUAACCCACCUCCUGUUCCUACUCAUCCUCAUUACGGACUGCUCGCCUUCCGCUCCAAGGUCCCGAUCACCACCGUCAUCUCCACCACCGCGACGUCGUUCUCGCAGACGACGGCGGUUCUCAGACCGCUUCGCGUGCCGUCACGGCUCCCACACUGACAAAGACAACAGGUAUCCGCUGGAGCGCAUGCAGUCGCCUGAAAGCCACAGCGACAACCACCAGGAAGAUAACGCCCCGCCCGCCAGAAAGACCGUCCGCUGGGGUCCCGUCACUGAGAUCCCGAGGCCUGCCUACAGAAGCCGUGAGCGCAGCCCUAGCCCUGGCGGCUAUCGCCCGUCCUGCAGAGUCGCAGCCAAGCCAUGCUUGAAGCCGCCCACUCCGUUGGAUCAGGAGAUGGCACAGAGAAACCUUCGGGCUAUGGUGGACGAGUCUACCCACCGUCUGAACAUGUACUAUGACGCCAUGGAGUACUUCUCCGGUGACGUGGUUCUGGACGAGGUCAUGUGUCAGGACGAGAGACAGCUUUUCCAAAAGGCAAGGAGGCAAUCUUUGAAAGAUACGUUCCGCUUCGCCAGGUCCCCAUCUCAGACUCCGUCCAGGUCGAGCUCGGGAAGAUCGCUUUGA